UCGAGAUUCUGCAAUGUGCAAAAGAUUUGCCAAAAUGUUCUCUUAAAACGAAUGUACUCUUAAAUUGCAUCAUAUAAACAUCUUAGAUUUUACUUUUAUUCAUGUAAACGUAGUGUUAUAAAGACUGACAAUGAGUAACACUGCCGAAAAAAUAGAUCAGAUAAAGAAACAUGUUCGUGCUCUACUCAUUUCGUCCCCGGUUGAACUAACAGUUGGCGAAUUGAGGAGAGAUUUCCAUAACUUCCUUGGAGAACCACUGGACUUCAGAUCACUGGGAUACUCAACUUGUGAAGAUUUCCUGAGGGAUAUUGAGGAUGCUGUGCAGAUAGGCUACAGAAAUGGCAUGAUGACCCUGAAGGCUAAAGCAGAUGAGACAACACAACAUAUAGUACGGCUGGUGUCAAAACAAAACGUGAGAAAUCGUAAUAAGUUUGCUGUCAACAGACAGAGGAACAGAGGAUCCAGCCAUUAUGUGAUCAACUCUCGCUUUGCUGGUCCUGCCCCAAGUCAGCGUCCGAUGCCUCGGCACAUGGUCCCCCCACCACCGAUGGUGCCUGCCAAUCUCAGAAUCAAACUGAAGGAAAUGUUCAAAUCCUUCCCUACUGGAAUAGGGUUAACUCAGUUUGACACAGCAUUCUGCAAACUGUAUGGGACAGGUAUCAACUACCGCCAGUAUGGGUUUCCCGACCACUAUGAAUUUCUCAAGUCAGUUUCAGACAUUGUGAAGCUUGAACAAAUAACUAAUGAAUUGAGAGUGGUUCCUGCAAUACAGACACCUGUUAACAUUGUGUCAUCCCCUGAAAGGAGCAGAGAUAUAUGCGCAAGGGACUCUAACAGUAUGGUCAGUGUGAAUGGCAACAUCUUACCCACAGAGACUGGGGAUGGUGGUGUGAGACGGCGUUCAAGAGGAAGAGGGAAACGUCUUUCACAACUAAGUGGUGACUCUAUAGUGGGCUCGUCCAGAAGCGAACAAAGCUUGCCUCAGUCCCAUGGCUCUGAUCCUUUUGGCCAGCUAGAGAAAGAAAUACAACAGGUGCUGGAGAAGUAUCCUAAUGGUGUAUGGGCAGCUAGAUUCUCAGCUGAGUUCAAGGCAAUGCACAAGAAGGAUUUUGACUUCCGGGAAAACCAUUACUUGAGUGUGUUGGACAUGAUGGGGAGUUUCCCAGGUGUGGUCACGAUCCGUCGCCCCAAUGCUGAGGGUGACUGUAUAUUCUAUGAUGCCCGCCAGUGUGUAUCUGAUGAUGACCAGGAGGAACAUCAUUCACAGCAAAGUGGACACCCUGAAGUGGGAAUAUCCAGAAGUGAACACAGCUCAUCGAAGUCUCAUAGGUCUAGUCAUAUGGAACAGCUGGAAAGAGACAUACAAGAGGUGCUAGAGAAGCACCCUCAUGGUGUAUGGGCAGCUAGAUUCCCAGCCGAGUUCCAGGAGAUGCACAAGAAGGACUUUGAUUUCCGGGAGAGCGGUUACCUGAGUGUGAUAAACAUGAUCGAGAGUUUCCCAGAUGUGGUCAAGAUCCGUCGCCCCAACGCGCAGGGUGAUUGGAUACUGUAUGAUGCCCGCCUGUCCUUAUCUGACGAUGAACAGGAGGAGACAUUGUUGAAGCAUCACAACGAUGAGCGCGUAGAGAGGGAACUGCGGGAGAAUGUGAAGAAGAUAUUGUUUAUCAAACACCGUGGUAUACCCCUUAAGCAGUUUCCCAUUAUCUACAAGGAGUGUACAGGCCAGGAUUUGCCAAUAAAGGAGCUAGGGUUUAACUCUCCAAUAGACCUCUACAUCAGUCUCGCUGACUCAAUACUUCAGAUAGAAUACUCCCACAAUGGUGAAAUGCUGCUGUUCCCUGUAACAUCAGAUGUGGAUCAUGUGGCGAAGAUGGAGAACAGUUUCCCAUCCAACUCCCGGGGUCAGGGAGAUGGCCUGGACCAGAUAGUCGGUAAGCAAGAUGGCCUGGACCAUAUAGUCGGUGCUGGCUGCCACUAUGUGCCUGUGAUGUGUCCAGAUGCCAAUGAUUAUGUGGAACUAUUUGUGACGAACGUCAUCCACCCUGGGUUGUUCUGGGUUUACUUACGACACAAGGACAAAUCCAUCGCACUUGAAGAACUUAUGGAUGAACUAGAAGAAGAGUACCGAGACUGUGGGGACAAAUACCAAAUACCAGAGGAGUUAAUCAAACCAGGCCUUGUGUGUGCUACAUUGUUUCCCGAGGACAACAACUGGCAUCGAGGUGUGAUUCUUGGGAAGAGUAUGGCCGGCCUUGUCAAGGUCUACUAUGUGGACUACGGCAACACCAAUUUUGUAUCCAUCAACACCCUCAAGUUCCUCAAGGAAAAGUUUAUGGUGUUGCCAGCGCAGGCCAUCCAGUGUCGAAUGGCUCACAUACAGCCUAACGGAUCUAGUUGGAAACUGAAAACCCACAAGCGCCUUAUCGAGCUGACAAGAGAGAAAGCCCUGGUGGCGUUCAUCUGUGAAAUCAGGAAUCAGGUGAUGUCAUUGAUGUUGGUGGACACAAGUGACUCCAACGUUGACAAACACUUGAAUGACAUUCUUGUGUUUGAAGGGCUGGCUGUUAACAAACCUGAUGAUAAAAACACCGAGCUCUUGGACCAAGUGUUCACAGAGGCACCAGACUACAAGUAUGUGUUUGGCCGGAACUACUAUGACACACCGAGGUUGCCGGAGGUGGCAAACCACGAGGUUAAACUUGUUAGGCAGACACAGCAGUUUGGGAAUAUGUCAAAAUCCACACCUGUUGAAAGGGAACCCCCAUUUUGCAUCAGAGGGAAGGGACUGACAGCGGACCAUUCGAUCCACGUGAUAUGUAUGGAGAUGACGAGUUAUCUUGCCUCUCAAGAGAUCUCUGCCUUAUUAUGGGAAGAUGACAUUCUUACUUCCAAGCUACAAAGAUGGGGCAUUAAAACAAUGGCUAAACGUAUCAUCUGCAGUGACAAACAUAAGAACCUCUUCAAGGAGUUGACCGAGAUGAAGGUGGUCGCCCCACAGAGCAUCUUCUUUAAAGAGCAGUAUCUCACCCUCUACAAGCUAGAUGACUUGCCCGAGAUUCUGGAAGUAUGUCAUUGUAAGGACAAGGUCUUGAUGACGGCUGUCCAGAAGUUUGUGGAAGCAUUUGAUCCCAGCGGGGCCUUAGAGCAGAGAGGUGAUGCCAUGGAAGUGGAUGAUGAUGGCUUAGAGGAAGGGGCAACUGGAGGAAUUGGUGAAGUGCUUGACAAUCGACUGCAGGUCUCUCUGGAGGAAGGCGCAACCGGAGGAAAUGUACAAGUGGAUAACAAUAGACUGCAGUUCUCUCCAGAGGAAGGGGCGACUAGAGGGUUCUCUCUAGAUGAAAGGGCGUCCAGAGGAAAUGUACAAGAGGAUAACUAUAGACCACAGUUCUCUCUGGAGGAUGGGGCAACCGCAGGAAAUGUACAAGUGGAUUACAAUAGACCACAGUUCUCUAUGGAGAAUGGGGCAACCGCAGGAAUCUUUGAUUUGAAUAUUGAUCAUACUCCAUACACUCUACAAGAAAAACGGACUAUGCUGACUGCUCUUGGGAUUAUCAGGAAGCAUUUUCUUGACCAGUUAAUGACUACCUCGAGUCCUACAGAGCAGCUGGUCAACCAACUCAAUGACUGUGAAGAACGGAUUGUGGUUGCUAGAGAAGCGCUUGCUAACCACAGAGAAGAAGAACCCAACCAGUCCAGGACAGACCGGAAUGGAGAAACCAGACCAACUGUUUCUGAGAUGCAGCAGAGACAGGUAGCACAGAAUGAGGAGAAUCAGAGACACAUAAGAAACAUCUUGGCUUCAUCUAGAAAACCAAUUGCUGAAGCCAACAUCGUGUCGCAGCCAAGAAGAAUCAGAAUGGUGGUCACUCCUCCUCCAAUGACUUCUACCCAGUCAGCAAGCCAGUCAAGACUCCCCAUGAUGACCCAGUCUACAACAAGACUUCAAAGAAGUAUUCCAGGAAGCAUGGAUAACAUCCACUUUAACCAUCUUGUCCCGGCUAGUCAGCCAGCCAUGAAUCCUGUGUUCGCUAACUUAAAUCCUAUCCCUUCCUUCAAUUUUGGUGCUAAUCCAGGACUUAUGCCACAGAUGAACAUGGGACUUGUGCCACAAAUGAACCCACUAAUGUUUCAACCAAUACCAACCAUGUUCAAUGGUCAGCUGAUACCUUCCAUGCCAUUGAACUUUGGUCAGUUUGGCCCAUUGCCACCUCUUGGUAGGGGUCAGCCUAUGGCCAAUGUUGGCAUCUUGCCAGGAUUAAUUCCCACAGUACAGAACCUGCCAUGGCAACAGGGUGGCAGCGGGGCACCCAGAGCACCAAUGUAACAAUCAUGAUCAGUAGAUCUGUUCAGUGAACCUGGGCGUUGUAUUCAAGAAGCAUCUGCGGAAUAUCCUCAAAUAAUUUUUAACUAAAUUGCUUCAAAAAACUGUCAAAAACAAGAUGUCAAAUAAAUGAUUACUGUUACAUGUUUCAACAAAGUUGAUAAAAAAUGUAAGUUGAAAACAACAGUUGUGAGAACUGAGAAUGUCACUUUUGAUGAAAGAUUAACUUUGGAUGCUUUGGAAAUAUAGCCCCAGGAAUAAGAUGUAUCUAUGGAAGUAUUUAAACCAUGACUUCAGGGAAUCAUUAUAUUUUUUUAGAAAGAAUGUCUUCUAAGUUUGUUCUUCAUUUGUAUGUAUGCACACGUGUUGGUUUUUUUAACCAUUUUUUUGUUAGUGUGUUAUUUUUUUAAGUUUCCUUAAGUUUAACUUGAAUCAGAAUAAAACAGGAAAUUUUAUUUUUUUAAUAUGGUCUAAGACCUGUAUAUCAUGGGUUUAUCACUUUGUACGAUCUGAUAGUCGUCAUUUGUUUUUAAAUUGUUUGUGAUUUUUAUGUUUGAAAGUAUUCAAAUGUGCUUUAAAGUGUUUAUCUUGAUUGGGAAAGAUGAAGAGACAAUCCAGUUGUUUUUUAGUUAGUUUAUCUUUUAUGUUUGUCAUUUCUGUUUUUUAGUAUUGCAUAACAAAACAUUUCUUGAAUAAAACUAAAAUUGAUGACCAUAUUUACAUUAUAAAAGGAGUUGAAAGCUAACAUUACAGAUAUUACCAACGUAUCACUAUUCCCCAUCAAAGUUUCCGGGUAUAUUAGGGUGAGCUUGUGGGUUGAUUUUGAAUUAUGGAUUCCAAUAGUUUUGGGUACACAUCUUUAAAACCAUUACAGGGCAAGUUCCACUUAAAUGCCUUUUUCAAAUUAUAUUACAAAUGUAAAAAAAUUAUGAUUAAGGGUAGUAGGGAAGUAGUUUUUGCCUCUCCUGUGACAGCUUUAAGUUAUCCUUUUUUGGUCUUACUCUCUUGAAACAUUAUUGAAAUACCUCCUGCUCUUGAAUCUUUUAGCAAAAUACCUCCUGCUCUUGAAUCUUUUAGCAAAAUACCUCCUGCUCUUGAAUCUUUUAACAAAAUACCUCCUGCUCUUGGAACUUCAACAAAAUACCUCCUGCUCUUGAAUCUUUUAACAAAAUACCUCCUGCUCUUGAAACGUUAACAAAAUACCUCCUGCUCUUGAAACGUUAACAAAAUACCUCCUGCUCUUGAAACGUUAACAAAAUACCUCCUGCUCUUGAAUCUUUUAGCAAAAUACCUCAUGCUAUUGGAACUUCAACAAAAUACCUCCUGCUCUUGAAUCUUUUAGCAAAAUACCUCCUGCUCUUGAAUCUUUUAACAAAAUACCUCCUGCUCUUGAAUCUUUUAGCAAAAUACCUCCUGCUCUUGGAACUUCAACAAAAUACCUCCUGCUCUUGAAUCUUUUAACAAAAUACCUCCUGCUCUUGAAACGUUAACAAAAUACCUCCUGCUCUUGAAACGUUAACAAAAUACCUCCUGCUCUUGAAUCUUUUAACAAAAUACCUCCUGCUCUUGAAACGUUAACAAAAUACCUCCUGCUCUUGAAACGUUAACAAAAUACCUCCUGCUCUUGAAUCUUUUAGCAAAAUACCUCCUGCUCUUGAAACGUUAACAAAAUACCUUCUGCUCUUGAAUCUUCAAGUAAACUACCUCCUGCUCUUGAAUCUUUUAGCUAAUCCUCAUGCUAGGACAAAGCUAGUCCACAUUUUUACUUUGUUGAUAGCAGUAGUUAAUCAUUGUCUUUCAUUUCAAUCCUAUUUUUACCAUGUAUUAUAUGUGCUGGUACACUGUUAUGUUGUUUUUAGUUUUAAUUGUAAUUGUUCCACAGUGAGACUGUGUUAAUCCUGUUAGUGCACUCGGAUGAUAAUGUUGAAAAUAGUGCUAUGUUUAUAAGCCCCUUCAUAGAUCAAAAGUAUUUGAGUUUCACCUGUGGCCUACAGAAAUUUUCUAAAAUUUGUCGAGCAGCCUUUGUCCAAUCAUCACAAAAUUGGCACAAACCAUAUUAACAGUAUCUGUUCUUAAUUUGGCUUAUGUAAAACCAAUAAACACGAAACAUUGCAUGCUUAAAAUAAGUCAGGCGUAUUUUGCAACAGUUGGAGUCAAUCAUUGAAUACUCACAUGUUAAGAAUUUUGAAAAGUUUGUUGAAUUUUUAAUAAA